AUGAGAAGCGAUGAUGACAACGAAAAGGACACCAACGCGUCGUUUUUGUCGGGAGAGACUUUGAAAACAUCGACGACGACGACGCGGAGAGAUGCGUUUUUACAUCGUCGGAACAAAGAGCUGUUUGUUGUUGAAUGCGCGCGACGUUUUGUGAACAACGCGAAAUCGACGAGUCGUGCGAACAAAGAUUCUACAAAAGACGACGACGAUGCAAAGGUAUCAUCCAUUUCGUCGUCGUCUCGAGGAGGCGGAGAUGAUGGCGACGACGACGAUAUCUUCUUCUUCGACGCGAUGUAUAGUUCUGUGCACGAAUCGGUGCAAAGAUUGCUCGAGAGCGAGACAAGAGUGCAAAGUUUGCGAAGGAAACAUCAUCAGAGCGCGAGUAGCAGCAGCAACGACGAUACCAGCUUCAGCGGUGCGGCGUUCGCGUUGGAAACGACGACGCCACCUGUGAAAAAGAGAGGCGAUGGGAAAAGGAGCAUGCUUCCGCAAAUCGACGACUGCGCGCAGUUUCCGAGCUUGAGUUCGUCGCCGGUUGUCGCGACGACGCCGUUGGCGAAGAAAUUGGGCGGGAUGAGUUUGAAUGGCAGCAGUAAUAACAACAUAAACGGAGCGUUGCCGUCGCCGAGGAGAGUGACGCCGUCGCCCGUAUCGAAUGGUGGUCCCGGAAGUGUGGAACGAGCGGCUUCACCGCCGGUAGUUUCGCCUUCUUCUUCGCAACAGCAACAGCAACAGCAACAGCAACAACUUCCGAGGAGUCAAAGCGGCGGCGUCGUAGGUGCACCGAGACGGAUUCAACCGUCUCUGCUCUCUGGUUCAUCAAAUUCGAGUAAUAGCAAUACUUUCACGAAUAAACAGCUGUCGCCGGUGCAGCAGCAGCAACAUCAACAACAACAUCAACAGAAGCGGAUUCAACCAACCGCUGCAAAAAGCAACAACAACAACAACAACAUUAACAACGAAGUGUCAGUCGAAACUCCUGAAUAUAUCUUGGACUUGGCAAAAGCGUACGCGUUUGCGCUCGAGUGGUUCCAUAACGGUGAUAUUGAAAAGUCCAUCGUAGAUGUUCUCAAAAUGCUCUCGAUUUCUCCGGAUGCGUUUCCGUUUGGCGUUAGUCCGGGCAAGGAAGCAGAAGAAGAGUUUGAAAUUUUCCCAUCCGGCGUGUUCGUUCGUAAAUUUGCCGCGCUCGUUUUAGCCAACGCCGGGACGCUUCCGUUUUCUCUCGGUCCAACAGCACUGGAGGCAUUAUCUGAAUCUGAAGCGGUAAAAGCGCACGCGCCAAUGUUGGCGCAAGAGUGCGCAAACUUUCUCUCCGCGCUCGCAGCGUCUGCAACAACCGUAACAAAAAUAUACGACGACGCGACACCUUCGGCUUCAUCGCGAAAAAGAAACAACAAACGCGGAGAAACAGAUAAUGGCAGAGGGGGAGCCGUCGGUACACGCGCAGAUGUAAGUUCGGUUCGUAAUCCAAGCAAUAAAUUUGGAUUAGUGUCCAGAGCGAACGCGCACGCUCGCGAGAAAUGGCGCGACCAACUCGUCGCUUUGCUCUCCCCGGAUGCCAAAUUCAACGCGUCUUCGUUCAUGGCAUCGACUGGUGCAACUGGCGCGCCGCCGUCUAAAUAUUAUCACCAGAACGCCGCGAACGCGUUCGCGAGAAAGUGCAGAGAAGUUUUCGAUUCGGCAAAAUCUAAAGAAGACGCCAGAUGGCUCGCGGAUGUUUUCGUACGAAAAAUGUUGAAAAGUGCCGGCGAAGGCGAAACUGAGGAAGAUAUCGGAGCCGCAGUGUCGGCGGCGAAACUAUCGGCGUUGCGAGAGCGUUUGAUGGGUGGAGGCGGAGUCAGUACUAGUGCUGGCGCGCAACAUCAAAAUCCUCAACGUCAUAACAACACGCACGCGAAUGGAAGAAGUAGUAGUAGUUUAGGCAGAGGUAGUAAUAGUAUUUUAGGCGGAGGUAGAGGAGUCCAUCAAGGAAGAGGAGGAGGAGGAGCGGGUGGAAGAGGUGGAGGAAGAGGGAAUCAUCACGUUGCACCGACACCACUCGCUUUGCAUCAGCAACAAAGUAACGAAACAUCCUCAUCGACGACGACGACGACGACGACGACUACGCAAGAAUCAUCGUUCGCAGCAAUGUUUCAGCCAGCUUUUCGACCGUACGUGUGCGUAUUGGAAACGGCAGAUUCCGCUCGUUUCUCCGCCGCGGUGUCUCGGUCACUCGCGGAUGCGCUCAAAGCGCUCGAUAACAAUUACGCCGCGUCCGUGCGUAAAGGCAAAGGAGAAGAUGGAGUGAGCGAAGGAGGUGAAGAAGUGGACGAUAUUUUGCGUUCGUUCGGGGUGAACCCGAAAGAUUUCACCGCUCGCGCUCUCGCGGCAAAGUGUUGCGGCAAAUUUCUUGGUCUUUUACGAUUUUGCUUAGACGGUUACUCUUCGAUCGUCGCUUUCGACGGAUUACCUACAAUAGAACUUUGCGUGGAGAGCUUGCGCAUUGCAACUGCCGAAAACGAGCUCAUGCUCACUCUCCCGUGGGUAUCGGAGUAUGUGAAAUUCACGCCGUGGGAAGACACGGAAGAAGCGACUUUAGUGUUUUCUUCGAAAGGCUUCGUCGAUUUAACGUCAUGGUUCCGUUCGGCUUCGAAAAGUGCAAAGCUGUGCAUAGUUAAUACUAGUGAUGGAAGUAAUGGUGCAACUGGUUCUGCGCCAUCUCGGUCUCUUCGAUCUGUCGAGGACGUUUCAUUGAUAUCGGCGGUGAGCGUUCGCAUGAUUCGACAUCUCGUUCGAGAAACGCUCCAUUUCAAGGCGCCAACGACGACUGCGAAGUCGUUGGAGUACGCAAAGUUAGCUUCAACGUCGCAGUCGCAUCCCGCGGGACCCGUGCCGAAAGCAUUCCUCGCAAACGCUUUCGACAAAGUAAAAAUUUCAGUGGAAGAGAAUGACGUGCUCGCGGAGUGGGGGUCUAAUUCCGCAGCGGGCGGACAUGAUUUUACGCCAAACGUCAUCGACGAUUCCUUGUUGCAAAAAUUGAUUGGCGUUGACGUCGAGAGAUGCAUCACGGCGUUGCGAAACGACGACGCGAUAUCAAAUCGAUGGAGCCAGGAAGAAAUCGAAUCCAUUGAGAGUCAAAUUAGUACGCAUCAAGCUGCGGCAAUUUUACCGUCGAAGCAAGAACAAGUACGCAAAGGAGAAGACGAAGGAGACCGACACCGGGUCGUUCCAGUUCCCGUUCGAAAGAUUGCGCCCGUCUCGGCGACUGCACUUUCGUCUGCUUCGCCUCCUACGAAGAUUACAUCCACAAAAAUGGCGGCGCUCGAAACGAGUCCAUCGUUGCCGUCCGUACCGUCCUCGUCUACGGCGAAUCCAACUCGAAGUUUACAACGCGCGUUUCUCGCGGCGAAUCCUCGACACAAAAAUAUCGUCGACUUUACCGUCGACGCCGCGGUAUUAGCUUCGGUGGACCACGCGGUGCGACACGAAAUACCAAACGCGUUGAAGUGCGUCUCGGAGACGCUCGAUAACGCGUGCAGACUAGCUGCGACUGUUUCCGCGGCUGAACAGAAAAGAUUAUUUACGAAUACGAAUACGGAGCACAUUACGCAGAAGAAGAAAAUGGCCAAACCAACGCUGGAAGAUGCGUGGAGUUCGGCAUUUGAGACUGCAAUUGAACGCGCGACGAUGUUAGCUCUUCGAGAAAUUGGAGGUGUCAUCGAGAAAAGAGCCGCGGACGAUGCGGCGAAAAGAGCCGGCGCGGCUGCAGCCGCGUUGUUACGCGAACCCUCGGACGACGACGACGACGGCGACGGCAAGAAUGAUGGCAAGAUGAAAAAGAAGUCGAGAGCGCCUCUGUCUCCGGAAGCCUCUGCAUCUGCAGCUGUCGCCAGAGAUGCUGCCAGACAAUCCGCCACGGAACGCUCUAGGUUAUCGGCACCGUUCGAGCUUCGCAAAGCCAUCGUUGAUGAGGCGUCGCGAAAAUUGCGCGUGGCGCUGAAAAAUCUCUCGAGCGACGAACGAGGAGAAGACGGGGAAGACGAGGAGGAAGAAGAAAACAAUUCGGUCGUUCAAAGAGAGAGGAAGAACACCACCCCCCCAUCGGCGAUGAUUAUCAAUGCUAAUGAAAAGGAGACAUGCGACGAAAACGACGAAAACGACGAAAACUUAGUCGCCGACGUCCAAUCAGCGGCUUUGAGCGCCAUCGCGAGAGCUUUAUCCGAAGCGCAAGGUUGGGCGCCAGGAUCACUCUUGGCAGUAUCGCGAGAACUUGCAAACGCUCGAAACCCAGGCGACGAAGUAGGUGCCAAAGAACUCGCGAGGAUGUGCGAGAACUGUUCGAAUUCAAUUCGUUCCGUGUUGGCGUUGGAUGAGAGUUGGAGAGACGCGCUGUUCGCGUCGCAGCAGCAACAAAAGCAAAACGCGGCAGCAGUCUUGUCUUCGUCGUCCGCUAUGUCGCCAUCAGACGCGGCACUCGGGCCGAACGCCUUAUCGACUGCUGCGGCACUGCUCGCAAAACCGUCCGAUGCGCCCGGAAAAGCGUUCAAGAAGAACGCAGAAGCUGGUCGACCGAGAGACGCGUUGGCGAGAGCCUUGUGCGCGCUCGCUCGCGCUUCCAUGGCGCUCUUCUUAGCGCCUCCGCAACCGGCGUUGAUUAAGCCCGACCGACACGGUGGCGUCUCUCUUUCGAGCGCGUUAGUUUCUUCUGCGGCUGCGAGCAGUGGUGCAGAUAACAACAGCUCGAACAGUAACGCCGCAUCGGGUGGUAACACGGACGGUACGAAGCAAAAUAUCGGGUGGGGCGUCUCUCGCGACGGCGUGUGCGAAUCCGUUCGUUUGGCCGUCUUGAACGCCUUCGCGCUGGCGUCUCCGAUUUUGGAAACUUUGGACGCCUUCGCUCCACCCGACGCGAUUAGCGUCUGGAACGAAGUCUGCGGCGAACUCCUCUUCCCGAAGAACUGGAUUCCAGUCUUGAGAGUGUUCCCGCAUUCGCCAUUCGCGCAACUUCGAAUCGAAACCAUCGUCUGCGACGUGUUCGCUUCGGUUCCCGACGGCAAAGCCGCGACGCUCCGUUUAAAAAAGUUUCUCGAGACGCAGUUUGCUUUCUCUUCCAGCGAAACGCCGCCUUCGGCACCUAAUAAAACGACAAUCAACGCCAUGGGCACCUCCCUCCUCCUCCGCUUCCUCGUCAAACUUCUCGACGCUCGAAUCGAACGAUACCGAGAGGAAGAAGACAAAGAAGAAGAAGACAAAGAAGAAGAAGACAAAGAAGGAGAAGAAAAAAAGGCAUCCUUCUCGAGAAAAAGGGACAAACUUCGACGACUCGAAGACGAACUGAAAGGUUGGGAGAAAAUUCUCCCUUCGGCGCGCUUCGUCUCUCGAGACGGCCCGAACGCUCGCGCGCCUCAUUUCGCGAGUAAGAUCGAACGAAGGAUUUUCGAGUUUUCGAAAAUUAUUCUUUCUUUGAAAGAGUGA